AUGCUAGGCAAUGAUGCUGUCUUGGUUGAGUCCCUACUUCAGCGACUAGCGACGGCGUUUGAAAUCCGGGAUCUUGGGGCACCCACGUUCUUCCUCGGCAUAGAAACCAUAACUGUUUCGGAUGGUAUGAUUCUCACACAACGAUGGUACAUGCGAGACAUUUUGCAACGGGUAGGCAUGACUGACUGCAAGCCGCUAGCCACACCAGCGUCCGUCAGUCAACCAGUGAGCCAGUCCACUGACCCCUUUGACAACCUGACACAGUACAGGCGUCUAGCGGGGGCUCUCCAGUAUCUUUCCAUCACUCGCCCGGACAUAUCCUAUGCGGUCAACCGCCUAUGUCAAUUUAUGCACAGUCCCACACAGGAGCAUUGGGGUCUGCUCAAACGUGUCCUCCACUAUAUAAAGGGGACGCUCGACUACGGGCUUCGCAUCUCUCCAUCCAGGUCCUCAGAAAUUCAUGCUUACUCAGACUCUGACUGGGCCGGAUGUCCAGUGGAUCGUAAGUCUACCAGCGGUUAUGCUGUUUUCAUAGGUAUCAACCUUGUCUCAUGGGUCUCUAGGAAACAGCGUACAGUGGCCCGUUCAUCGACCGAAGCUGAAUAUAAAGGCUUAGCAGACGUCUGUGCGGAAGUGACAUGGGUUCUAUCGUUGCUGCGAGAGUUGGGCCUCGACUCUUCGGCGCCACCGACUCUAUGGUGUGACAACCUCGGAGCUACAUACCUGCGCGCCAACCCAGUUUUCCAUGCACGCACCAAACAUGUCGAGGUGGACUACCACUUUGUCCGGGACAAAGUCUCGUCUGGGGAGUUUCAGGUUCACUUCGUCUCCACCAAGGAUCAGCUCUCCGACAUUUUUACCAAACCGCUCCCAGCAGCACACUUUGGUGUCCUUCGUACCAAGCUCAAUGUGGUGUGCCACCCACCUUGCUCUUGA